CUUCACUCACUCUCGUUCAUUACUGUCAUUCUGUCUUGCUCCUCUCGCUCUAGCUCUUUCUUUCUUGCUCCUCUCGCGAAUUGAAGCAAAGCAACGAUGAUGAUCGCCAACAAUAACCCUGUCUUUGGUUAUGGCCGGAUCAAUUUCAAAAAUAAUAACAUCCCAUCAAUCAAUAAUUUCUGUGCCCUUGGCUCUGGCUUUGGCAAUGUCGACCAAGAUUUUGAAUUGGGGAGAAAAAGGAAGUUGAAUCAACUUCCAGAAUUAAUUCCAAAGAGGAGGAAGAUCCGUAAUGAAAUGAAAUUGGUUUGUGGGUCGUCCUAUUUCCCCAAAUACAACCCAGAAAAGCCCCUCGGCGAAGACGCGCACUUCGUCUCCCAUGACGCCCAGACUGUCGGCGUGGCGGACGGCGUCGGUAGCUGGGCCAGGAAAGGCAUCGACGCCGGCGAGUACGCAAGGGGACUCAUGAACCACGCCAAACAAGCGGCUACUAAUAUGUCCGCCGUCGGAGUCGCCGCCGUGGAUGCAGGAAAGGUGCUGAGAGAAGCCUACGUGAACAACUUCGGAAUACAAGGCUCGUCGACGGCUUGCAUCCUCAGCCUUGACAAAGAGCGUGGGACCCUCCACGCCGUGAAUGUCGGAGACAGCGGCUUCAUGGUGUUCAGGGACGCCAAGUGUAUGCUCAAAUCUCCAACCCAGCAGCGGAGGUUUAACUGCCCCUUCCAGUUGGGGAACCACGUCGGCAGCGACCGACCCCAGGUGGCUCUGGAGUUUGUGGUGGAGGAAUUGGCGCCGGGGGACAUUAUCGUACUUGGGACAGAUGGGUUGCUGGACAACAUGUUUGGGAGUGAGAUUGAGGAGGUUCUGGUGGCUUUUAAUAAAGUAAGCGGUGGUCGGGAUAUUGAUUGUGCGGAGGUAGCUUCCACCAUAGCCACCCUGGCUCUGUAUAAUUCCUUGGACAAGGACAACAUUAGCCCUUUUCAGAUGGAGGCUCAAAAGGCCGGAUUGGAGCACCCCGGAGGCAAGAUCGACGACAUCACUGUUGUGGUGGCCCAUGUGUUGGAAUCUACUACCUCCUCCGAUUAGGUUUUGGUUUUGAACCCAACAAAAACAAAGUUUGAAAACUGAGAUUGUAAUUCCACGUUAAUACAAUUAAUACAAUUCUUUAAUUUUUUUAUUA